AUGAUGCGCCUGCUAACCCUCCUCAGCUUCUUCGCGGCCUUCCUGACCAGCGCCGCCCUCGGCGCGGAGGUCGUGCCGCGGGCGACCUUCACCGAGGUGACCUCGUACGGCGACAACCCGACCGGCACGCGCAUGUGGCUCUACGUGCCCAACAACCUCGCCGCGAAGCCGGCCGUCGUCGUGGGCAUCCACUGGUGCAGCGGCAGCGCGUCGGCGUACUACCAGGGCAGCCAGUGGGCGCGGUACGCCGAGACGUACGGCUACAUCGUCAUCUACCCGCAGACGCCGUACACGCGCGACAACUGCUGGGACGUGGCGUCCAAGAUGACGCUGACGCACAACGGCGGCGGGGCGAGCAACUCGAUUGCGAACAUGGUCAAGUUUGUGAUUGCGCAGUAUGGUGCGGACGCCAGUAAAGUGUUUGCGACGGGGAUCUCGUCGGGGGCUAUGAUGACGAACGUACUCGCCGCGACGUACCCCGACAUCUUCGCCGCGGGAAUCGCGUACGCCGGCGUCCCGGCUGGCUGCUUCAUGAGCGCGGCCGAUGUGCCUGACGAGUGGAACUCGACGUGCUCAACGGGCCAGAGCAUCUGGACGCAGCAGCAGUGGGCCAACGUGGUGUACAACAUGUAUCCCGGAUACACGGGCGCGCGGCCGAAGAUGCAGAUCUACCACGGCACUGCGGACGAGGCGCUGAAUGUGCAGAACUACUACGAGACGAUCAAGCAGUGGACGGGCGUGUUUGGGUACUCGACGACGCCGCAGUCGACGACGCCUGACUAUCCGCGGAGCCCGUACACGAGAUAUGUGUUUGGGGAGAAGUUGCAGACUUUCCUCGGCCAGGGCGUCACUCACUCCAUCGACGUGUUCCCGGAGGAAGACCUGAAGUGGUUUGGGUUCACGGAGCAGAACCCGGUGACCUCGACGGCCGGAAGCCAGACGACGACGACGCUGCGGACGAGCACGACUUCGACGGCGAGAUCGACGACGACGACGGCGGCCGGAGGGUCCGGAUCGGCACCGCAAUGGGGCCAAUGCGGCGGCAUCAACUGGACGGGACCGACUGCGGUGAGUUGA